UAGAGAGCCCCCCAGAGAUCACCAAAACCUCCCCUUGAGACCUCCCCCAGACACCCCCUUGGUUCCCCUUUUGGGUCUCCCUGACCUUCCUCGUCCCCCUCUAGAGACUCUCCAGGAACGCAAAAUCCUCCAGAGACCCUGCCCCCCCGUCCCAGACCCAGGACCUCCUCAAGCAGCCCCGCUGCACCACCUCAAGACCACCCCCAAAGAGCCCCCCUGGACUUCUCUAGGCACCCCAAGACCCUCAGAUUCCCUGGGACCCCCCUGAACCCAAAACCCUCCCAGAGACCCCCCUAGGGGCCCCCCAGUCCCCUUAGAGGCCCCCCCUAAAGCUGUUCCCCAAACCCCCCCAAUAUUCCCAGGGGACCAGGGACCCCCCAGAGACUGCCCCCUCCUCUGAGUCCCCUCAGCCAUGUGCCAGGAGGAGGGCGCGGGGCUGGUGGCGGAGGACCCCCUGCGGCUGCCCCCAUCUGCCCCAGCACUUCCCCCCUCCCCGGGGGCCACCACCAGCCCACCACCACGGGAAACAUGGGCGCGGCAGAUGGACUUCAUCAUGUCGUGUGUGGGCUUCGCCGUGGGGCUUGGCAACGUCUGGCGUUUCCCCUACCUCUGCUACCGCAACGGCGGCGGAGUGUUUCUCAUCCCCUACCUGUUGAUGGCUGUGCUCGGGGGGGUCCCCAUCUUCUUCCUUGAGAUCUCGCUGGGGCAGUUCAUGAAGGCCGGGAGCCUCUCAGCCUGGAACAUUGCCCCCCUCUUCAAAGGGCUGGGACUGGCGUCGCUGCUGAUCGUGUUCUACUGCAACACCUACUACGUGCUGGUGCUGUCCUGGGCCCUCUUCUACUUGGGCAGUGCUGUGGCUGGGGCAGUGGCAAGCGGUGGAGACCUGCCCUGGGCCACUUGUGGCCACUCCUGGAACAGCCCUGCCUGCCAUGAUGGGCCCCUUGGCAACAGCUCUCACAGCAACAGCUCCCAGAGCGAUGCUCCCUUCCGCUCCCCCGUACUCGAGUUCUGGGAGAACCGGGUGCUGGGGCUCUCAGGGGGACUAGAGGAACCAGGGCGGCUGCGUGGGGACCUUGUGCUCUGUCUUGUAGUCUGCUGGGCCCUCGUCUACUUCUGCGUCUGGAAGGGCAUCCGCUCCGCUGGCAAGCAGGUGGUGUAUGUGACAGCGCUGCUACCCUAUGUGGUGCUGCUGGCACUGUUGGUACGCGGGGCCAUGCUGCCUGGUGCUGCCACUGGUGUCCGCUUCUACCUGCAGCCGGACUGGGCCCAGCUCGCCCGCCCCCAGGUGUGGAUUGAUGCGGGGACACAGAUCUUCUUCUCCUACGCCAUUGGGCUUGGUGCGCUGACAGCUCUGGGCAGCUACAACCGCUUCCACAAUGACUGCUACCGGGACUCGCUGCUCCUGGCUGUCAUCAACAGUGGCACCAGCUUCUUUGCUGGCUUUGUCGUCUUCUGUGUCCUUGGCUUCAUGGCUCAUGAGCAGGGCACCGAUGUGGGCCCUGUUGCUGACUCAGGCCCUGGCCUGGCCUUCAUUGCCUACCCACGGGCUGUGGCACUGAUGCCAGUGGCACCACUCUGGGCUGCGCUGUUCUUCAUCAUGCUGCUCAUGCUGGGCCUGGACAGUCAGUUUGUGGGUGUCGAGGGCUUUGUGACUGGCAUUCUGGAUGUGGUACCACCAGCCUAUCAGUUCCGGUUCCAGCGCGAGGUCAUGGUUCUGCUAUGCUGUCUUGUUUGCUUCUGCAUUGACCUCUCCAUGGUCACUGAGGGCGGCAUGUACGUCUUCCAGCUCUUUGACUACUACUCAGCCAGUGGGACCACGCUCCUGUGGCAGGCCUUCUGGGAAAGCGUCAUCAUUGCCUGGGUCUAUGGCGCUGACCGGUUCCUGGAUGACGUGUCCUGCAUGAUUGGCUACCGUCCUAGCCGCUGGAUGAAGUGGUGCUGGAUGGUGCUGACGCCCCUUGUCUGCCUGGGCAUCUUCCUGUUUCAUGCAGCAUCUUACCGGCCACUGACCUACGGUGGGCGCCACACCUACGUCUACCCCUGGUGGGCCGAGGCUGUGGGUUGGGGCCUGACCCUCUCAUCUGUGCUCUGCCUGCCAAGUGCUGCCCUUGCCCAGCUGCUGCUCCAGCCCGGGCCCCUGCCCCAGCGCUGGCGCCGCCUGACUCAGCCUGUGUUUGGGCUCCAUCACCUGGAGUACAAGGUGCGGGGGGCCAGCGGGGGCCCAAGCCCUGUUGAAGAUGGCAACACCAAGGCUGUUAUCCUGGAGAGCAUCAUGUGACCUCUGACUGCCUGCUCCCCACCUCUCCUCCCCACCACACCAGCAAAGUGUGGGCAUCUUCCCUACCCCCCCCCAUUCAGUGCCAUGUCUAUAGCUCAGAUGCCAUGGAGCAGAGCAGGGCCUGGACACCUAGGUUUCCUCCCCAUUCUGGGAUCCUGGACACUUGGGACUUCCUGACCCACCAUACUCCCCCUGCUCCCAGCCUGAGAUAGGGGCAGAACUUGGAUGCCUGGGUUCCUUCCACAAGCUGACAUUGGGCCUUGGAGCUCAGAUGCCUGGGUUCCCUCCCCAGCCUGGGUUCUGCCCCCAGUUUGAGACUGGGCUUGGGAGCCUGGAUACCUGGGUUCUCUGCAGGAAAAAAGCCAUGAGGAAGAUGCUAGAUUUUUUUUUUGUAAGGAGAAAGAGCAAUUAAUUACUUAAAUCAGCCAAUUCUAUUAUAAUGGUUUUUUUUUUCAAAAAUAGAAUGAAAAGGGAACUUAUUUUUUAAAUUAAAAUCUUUGUUAUUGGGUUGAGGUGUGGUGGUGGGACACCUGGGUUCUCUUUGGGCUCUGACAGAAGAGCAGAUGAGAGCAGGGGACCCAGGUGCCUGGGUUCUUUUUUUCGCUUGAGGCCGGGGGGGCAGGGUGGGGUGGGCGGCAGGCCUGGACACCUGCAUUCACUCCUGGCUUUGGGAGGGGAAGAGUUUGAGACUAGAGGAAUGCAGAGACCUAGGUUCUCCCCCCACUUGACUGCAGGGGGCAGGGGCUGGCUCUGGAAGGCCCCCAGUUGGCCACAUAGAACAACCUGGGACGUGGCUGGCUCCACAUCCCAUUCCCAGCCCAGCACCUGCCACGAGCCAGGUACGCAGAUGGCAAGGAACCCAGGCAUUUGGGCAAAAGGUGUGAGGGGACAGGGAGGGGAAGGGUGAGGGGGGGCACCCUUAGGCACCUCCAUCAGCUGAUUCUUGUUGGGUUUUUUUAAUUGCUUAAUGAAGGGGAAGAGACCCCCCCUGUUAAUUAGCUCAAUGAUAUGUAAAUAUAUGCAUCUCUGCUGCUUGGAAGCAACUCCUUAAAACCAAUGAAUUUGUUAAAGGGGGUGAAGGGGCAAAUAAAGAGGGGGGCACAUUUGUCCAGGCUCACUGAAGAACCCAGCUCAUUGCUGCCUGCAUAAUCAUGACAGGAGGGUGGGGAGGGAACCCAUGGAAGCAUGGUCCUUUGCAAUUGCACUGCUUCCUGCCUCUCCAACGGCAAGACUCCCCCCUCCCCCCACCUACUCCUGGGGGGGGCAUUAAAUACCCAGCAAAAGGCCCUGCUGACGGGCAAGUUACCCCUUGGGGUCAGAUUGGGGGUAAGACCCACUCCAAGUAACCCCCAGAGUCAAAACCCACCCAACUAUCCUCCAUGGGGGCAAAUACCCACACCAACAACCCCCUGGGGCAAAUACCCAAAUGCCAUCUGUGGAGGGCAAAUACCCCCAUCUCUACAUAAAGCAAUAAACCCCCAUCUCUACAUAAAGCAAUAAACGCUGAUGAGUGUC